AUGCGGUUGUACCCUUACAACAGGGUGAGAGAAUUAUUUUCCGAGGCUGUCUCCGAGAUGUAUGGCCUUUCUCUACACGGAGGCGGGUCAAGAGAAACAAUGCAACAUUGUUCUCCUCGUCGUCAGGCCGGAAAACAUACUCGUACUAUAAACGUCUAG